AUGAAUAUGUCUGAGCUUGGAGAAGCUGCACCCUUCCUCAGAAGAAAUACUGAUCCUCUGUUACAGUCCCCGGUCUUUGAUGGGAAGAAGAGGUGCUGGGUUUAUGAUGGGAAGAAUGCUUAUGUUGAGGCUGAGGUUAAAGAACGUGAUGCUGAUGGAAAAGUAAUUGUAGAGACCAGUGGUGGAGAGUGUCUGAGAAUUAAGGAAGACAAACUCCAACAGAUGAACCCUGUAGAGUUGGAAAUGGUUGAAGAUCUGUCGAUGCUGCUUCACCUCAAUGAAGCCUCUGUGCUUCACACCCUGAGGAGACGUUAUGACCAGUGGAUGAUCUAUACAUAUUCAGGUGUCUUCUGUGUGGCUAUAAACCCUUACAAGUGGCUCCCAGUGUAUCAGAAAGAGGUCAUGGCUGCCUAUCAAAGGAAGAGGCGAUCUGAGGCUCCCCCUCACAUCUUUGCUGUUGCUGAUAGGGCCCUUCAGGAUAUGCUUCGCAGUGGAGAGAAUCAGUCCAUACUCUUCACAGGAGAAUCUGGUGCUGGGAAGACUACCAACACCAAACUGACUAUUCAGUAUUUUGCCACCAUGGCAGCCAUAAGUGAGACCCAGAAAAAGUUGGGGAUUUCAGAAGAUCUAAUUGUCCAAAUGAAUCCUGUCUUGGAAGCAUUUGGAAAUGCCAAAACUCUGAGAAAUGACAAUUCUUCUCGUUUUGGAAAACUCAUCAGGAUGCAUUUUGAUACAAGUGGCACACUGUCAUCUGCAGAUAUUCAGAUCUAUUUUCUAGAAAAAUCCCGGGUAGUUUAUCAGCAGCCUGGAGAAAGGAACUACCAUAUCUUUUAUCAGAUUCUGUCUGGAAAACAAGAACUUCGGGACAUGCUCCUGGUGUCCACAAAUCCCUCCAACUUUCACAUUUGCUCCUGUGGAGAGGUUGCUGUGGAGAGCUUGGAAGACACUGAAGGAUUUCUGGCCACAGAAAAAGCCAUACAUGUCUUGGGAUUUCUUCCUGAAGAAAAGUUUGAGUGCUAUAAGAUCAUUGGAGCCAUCAUGCACAUUGGAAACCUGAAAUUUAGACAGAAUCCCAGAGAAGAGCAACUGGAGGUUGAUGGCACAGAAAAUGCUGACAAAGCUGCUUCUCUCAUGGGCAUUCACUCUUCUGAGCUGGUAAAGGGCCUGAUCUACCCCAGGAUCAAAGUUAAUAAUGAGUAUAUUACCAGAAGUCAAAAUGUCCAACAGGUAACCUAUGCGGUUGGUGCUCUGUCUAAGUCAAUAUACGAAAGGAUGUUUAAGUGGCUAGUGGCACGCAUGAACCAGCUCCUGGAUGCCAAGCUGCCAAGUCACUUCUUCAUUGCUAUUCUUGACAUCACUGGUUUUGAAAUACUUGAUUACAAUAGUCUUGAGCAACUCUGCAUCAAUCUUACCAAUGAAAAGUUGCAACAGUUCUUCAAUCAGUACAUGUUUAUUCUGGAGCAAGAGGAAUACAAGAAAGAAGGCCUUGAGUGGGUAGCCAUUGACUAUGGUCUGGAUUUUCAAGCCUGCAUAGAUCUCAUCGAGAAGCCCAUGGGCAUUCUUUCCAUCCUUGAAGAGGAAUGUAUGGUUUCUAAAGCCACUGACAAGACUUUUGAGACCAAGCUCUUUGAUAACCAUUUUGGAAAGUCGCCCUACUUCCAGAAACCCGCAUCUGCUGAGAAGAAAUACGAAGUUCACUUUGAACUCGCUCAUUAUGCUGGAGGGGUCCCUUAUAAUAUCAGUGGUUGGCUUGAAAAGAACAAAGACAUACUUAACGAGACAGUGGUGGCUCUCCUUCAGAAGUCCUCCAAUAAAAUCCUGGCCAGUCUCUUUACAAACUUCUUUUCUGGCAGUGCUACACAGUUUGGUGAGAAGGCCCGCAGGAAAGGAGCAUCAUUCCAAUUGAUUUCCUCUCUGCAUAAAGAAAACAUAAAUAAAUUGAUGACAGAUUUGAAAUCAACAACACCUCAUUUUGUGAGAUGUAUAAAUCCAAAUAUGAACAAAAUGCCAGGUGUAUUGGACCCUUUCUUGGUUCUCCAGCAGCUACGUAGUAAUGGUGUCUUGGAAGGGAUUAGAGCAUGCCGUGAAGGGUUUCCAAGUCGGAUGCUAUAUGAUGAUUUUAAGCAAAGGUACUGCAUUCUAAACCCACGGAUAUUUUCAAAGAGUGAGUUUUUGAGCGGCAGGAAAGCAGCUGAAGAAAUACUUGGCUUCUUGGCGAUAGAGCAUUCCCAGUACCAGUGUGGAGUCACCAAGGUGUUUUUUAAACUUAGCAUUCUGGAUCAGUUGGAAGAAAGGAGAGAUGAAAAGAUAUCUAAACUCUUCACCUUAUUUCAAGCCAGAGCACGGGGAAAGCUGAUGCGUAUUUCAUUCCAGAAGAUUCUAGAAGAAAGGGAUGCUCUUGUUUUAAUUCAAGAGAACAUAAGAGCUUUUAUGGCUGUGAAGAACUGGCCCUGGAUGAGGCUCUUCUUCAAGAUCAAGCCUCUUGCUAAUUCUGUGGGAGGUGGAGAGGAGAUAGCUGGACUGAAGGAGGAAUGUGCACAACUACAGAAAGCUUUGGAGAAUUUGGAAUCUCAGAGGGAGGAACUGAAAACAAAGCAAGUCUCCCUUGUUCAAGAAAAGAAUGAUCUACUUGUAAAGCUGAAGGCUGAACAAGAGACCCUAGCAAAGGCUGAGGAGCAGUGUGAGUCACUGAUUAAAUCCAAGAUGCAGCUGGAGGACAGAGUCAAGGAGCUGUCUAGGAGGGUGGAAGAAGAAGAAGAGAUAAAUUCUGAGCUGACUGCCAAGGGGCAGAAACUGGAAGAUGAAUGUUGUGAGAUGAAGAAGGAAAUCUAUGACCUGGAAACAAUCUUGGCCAAGUCAGAGAAGGAAAAGUGCGCAGCAGAACACAAGGUCAGGAUCCUGACUGAGGAAGUGCACUCUUUAAAUGAGGAAGUCAGCAAACUUACCAGAGCAGUGAGGGUUGCGCAGGAGGCCGAGCAGCAGACCCAGGAUCAUCUGCACAUAGAGGAGGAAAAACUCAGCAACAUGAGUAAAACGAGCCUGAAGCUGGGCCAACAAGUUGAUGCGUUGGAAGGUGCCCUUGAACGGGAGAGGAAAGCCAGAAUGAAGUGUGAGAGGGAGAAGCUCAAGCUGGAGAGGGAGUUAAAGAUGAACCAGGAGCGAACAGAGAACCUGGAGAGCAGCCGAUGGCAGCUGGCAGAACAGCUGAGGAAGAAAGACUUCGAAAUGAGUCAGAUGAACUCAAAAGUGGAGACUGAGAAGAAUCAGGUAUCUCAGCUUCAGAAGAUGGUGAAGGAGCUUCAGGCUCACAUAUUAAAUUUGAAAGAGGAACUGGAAAAUGAAAGGACCACCAGAGCCAAGGUAGAAAGAGAGAGAGCUGACCUCACUCAAGACUUAGAAGAUUUGAAGGAGAGGCUGGAAGAGGCCGGGGGGACCAGUUUGGCUCAGAUGCAGAUAACCAAGCAACAGGAAGCAAGAUUUCAGAAGCUUCGCCAUGACAUGGAAGAGACCACGAGACACUUUGAAGCAACCUCUGCCUCUUUGAAAAAGAGACAUGCAGAGAACCUUGCUGCGCUUACAGGCCAGGUAGAACAUUUACAGAAGGUGAGGCAGGCGCUAGAGCGAGAAAAGAGUGGUCUGCAGCUCCAAGUGGAUGACCUCCUGACCCGUGUUGAGCAGAUGGCCAGAACAAAGGCAAAUGCUGAGAAACUCUGUAGUGGGUACGAAAGGCGCCUGAAUGAAGCAAACACAAAACUGGAUGAGGUGACUCAGUUAGCAAAUGACCUGACAACACAGAAGAUGAAGCUACAGGGUGAGAGUGGUGAGUUCUUAAAAAGACUGGAAGAGAAGGAGGCCCUGAUAAGUCAACUUUCCAGGGAAAAGAACAACUUUACUCGGCAAAUUGAAGAACUGAGAGGGCAGCUAGAGGAGGAGACCAGGUCUCAGAGUGCCCUGGCCCAUGCAUUGCAAUCGGCCAAGCAUGACUAUGACCUUCUAAGGGAGCAGUAUGAGGAAGAACAAGAGGUCAAGACUGAGCUGCACCGGGUUCUCUCCAAAGGCAACAAGGAAACAGUGCAGUGGAGAAUGAAGUAUGAGCAUGAUACUAUCCAGAGAACUGAAGACUUGGAGGAAGCCAAGAAGAAGCUGGCAAUCAGAUUGCAGGAGGCUGCAGAAGCAAUGGUGGUGGCCAAUGCCAGGAAUGCCUCCCUGGAGAGGGCCAGGCACAGGCUUCAGCUGGAACUGGGGGAUGCCCUCUCUGACCUGGGGAAGGCCCGUUCUGUGGCAGCUACACUGGAGAAGAAGCAACAGCAGUCAGACAAGGCCCUAGCUGCCUGGAAGCAGAAGCAGGAGGAGGUUCAGGCGCUGCUGCAGGCCUCUCAGAAGGAGGCUCGGGCUCUCAGCACCGAGGUCCUCACACUCAGGCAUGCCUGUGAAGAAAGCACUGAGGCCCAGGAGACGCUGAGGAGGCAGAACCAAGACCUUCAAGAACAGAUUUUCAGUCUCACAAACCAGGUGAGAGAAGGGAUCAAGAAUUUAGCUGAAGUGGAAAAGGCCAAGAAAUUGAUUGAACAAGAGAAGAAUGAAGCCCAAAUGACCGUGGAAGAGACAGAGGGAGCCCUGGAACGCAAUGAAAGCAAGAUCCUCCAUUUCCAGCUUGAACUCUCGGAAGCUAAGGCAGAGCUGGAAAGAAAGUUGUUGGAGAAAGAGGAAGAAACAGAGAAGUUGAGGGAGAAGCAUCAGCAGGCCUUGACUUCCCUGCAGUCAGGUCUGGACUCUGAAGCUUUGGGUAGAAUUGAGGCCACCCAAAUGAGGAAGAAGAUGGAAGGCGACCUUAAGGAGAUGGAGAUUCAGCUCUGUGCUGCCAACCGGCAGGUGUCACAGACAACUAGAGCCUUGGGCCAGCUUCAGGGUCAAAUGAAGGAGCUCCAACAACAACUGGAUGACAGCAUGUACCAGAACAAGGACCUGAAGGAACAGGUGUCUCUGGCUGAGCAGCGCAACACUCUUCUUCAGUCCGAACUAGAAGAACUGAGGUCCUUGCAAGAACACACAGAGCGAGGAUACAAGCUGGCAGAAAAAGAGCUCCUGGAAGCCACAGAAAAAAUCAGUCUUUUUUAUACCCAGAACACAGGUCUCCUCAGCCAGAAGAAGAAACUGGAGGCUGAUGUUGCUCAGCUGCAGAAGGAAGCUGAAGAGAUGCUGCAGAGGUGUCAAAAGGCAGAAGAAAAUGCCAGGAUGGCAGCUGCUGAGGCAGCCAACACGUCAGCAGAACUCAAGAAAGAACAAGACACUAAUGCUCACUUGGAGAAGAUGAGGAAGAAUAUGGAGCAGACAAUUAAAGACAUGCAAAAAAGACUGGAUGAAGUGGAACAGACAGCUGUGCUGGGGAGCAAAAAGGCAAUCCAGAAAUUGGAAUCCAGGGUACGGGACCUGGAAGGGGAACUGGAAGGCGAAGUCAGGCGCAGUGCAGAGGCCCAGCGGGAAGCUCGCAGACUGGAGCGAGGCAUCAAAGAGCUGACCUAUCAGGCAGAAGAAGAUAAGAAAAAUCUGAAUAGGAUGCAGGCUCUGUCUGAGAAACUUCAGCUAAAAGUGCAGAGUUACAAACAGCAAAUGGAAGCAGCGGAGGCUCAAGCUAAUCAAUACCUUUUCAAGUAUAGGAAGCAGCAAUAUGAGCUGAACGAAGUCAAGGAGAGGGCAGAGGUAGCAGAAUCUCAGGUCAAUAAACUCAAAGCUAAAGUAAAGGAGUUUGAAAAAAAGGUUCGAGAAGACUAA